UCACCACCAUCAAACUUUUACCCACCGCUUCGCGUCUCAAAUUCCUUCUCAUCUCUCUACCUCUCCCGCUUCGCGUCCUCCGCCGCGCUCUCCACGACCUCACAUCCAUCCAUGAAAUCAACCUCCUCGUCAACCUCCACCACGACGAACAAUUCUAUGACGGACGCAUCAAGUAUCACAGGAUCCUCCUCGUCGAACUAUUCCCACCGGUCGGAAUCAGCCGGCAGCAACACGGUUAGAUUAGAAUUUCACUACCAAGCGCAUUCGAGCAUGGGCACUACUGCUACUACGUAUAGCCCGUUGAUCGUACCGAGGGAAAGGUGGACGUGGCCGGAGAGUGAAAGGUAUAGAGAGGGAUAUGCUGGCGGGUGGGUUUGGACAAGGAGGGAGGUUGAGGAGUUAGUGGAGCGGGGAUUGUUGGUUGUGGACGAUGUGGGCAUUAAGUGGGCGGUUGGUGGGGAGUAUUUCUUGUAUUUAGAACGGUGAGAGGGGGUGUUAGAGGGUGUUGAGUGAUUUUGGGGGAGGUACACAGGUUGAU